AUGAAUACAGAUACUACGAAUUUACUCGAUGCGAAUGUCCACAAACCAACUUUCUCUGUCAAACUCGAUCAAAUCCUCAAUCUCCCUGGCUAUUCCGAUUUCGUUCUCAUACAUGAGACCUCUGAUUUCUAUAUAUACUCUGCAUUCAGUGAAAAACGCGGAGCACGCGUAACACUAAAGAGCAUAAACACUAACGCUUCCGAAAACUCUCGCAAACUACGUCACGAGUGGGAACUACUCAAAGGACUAAACAUUUCCGGUGUAUCACAUCCACUUGCCCUCGAAUCUUGUCCAACUCAUGGUCUAUUCCUUGUAUUUCCUAAUUCAGAUUACAUCACUCUACAACGAUAUCUAGAGCGUCGAUCUGAUUCAUUGGAUUUACGCGAAUUUCUCGAGAUUGCUAUUGCCAUCGUAUCAAUCUUGUCUAAUAUUCACAAUGCAAAGAUAAUACACACAAACUUGACUCCUUAUUGUGGCAUUCUGGUACAUCCUGAAACCGCUGAUGUAUCAAUUACAAACUUUUCUCAUGCUUCGAGUUUAGAACGAGAAGAAAAGAAUGUGAGAAACAUUCAUUCCAUACUAUUAAGCAGAGAUCUGGCAUAUCUUGCCCCCGAGCGUACUGGUAGAAUGAACCGCUCGGUCGAUAAAAGAUGCGAUUUUUACUCACUUGGCGUAAUAUUCUAUGAAAUUCUUACCCACGCCCUUCCAUUCACGGCCACUGAUCCACUAGAGCUUGUCCAUCAACACAUUGCUCAGCAAUCUCAACCCCCUCAUUUGCUAAACAGCUCAAUCCCUAUACCCCUCUCGCGCAUUGUACAAAAACUCAUGAACAAAACCGCUGAAGACAGGUAUCAGUCAGCUGAUGGGCUCAAGGCUGACUUGGAGCUAUUGUUGGAUAAAUUAAAGAACGGAAACGAAGAGCUAAAGGGAAUGGAUGACUUUGUUGCUGGUGAAAUGGAUCGUAACAGUCUGUUUAUCAUAUCACAAAAGCUGUAUGGACGAAAAACAGAAGUUGAACAAUUGAUGGAGGCGUUUAGGAGAGUAAAUGAACAGGGGAUUACCGAAUUUGUUAUUGUUAGAGGGUAUUCUGGUGUCGGCAAAUCGUCACUGGUCGCUGAGAUCCAGAGGCCUGUUAUUGAAAGUAAAGGUUACUUUGUAUGGGGAAAGUUUGCUUCUCAGUGUCUUAUUAAGCAGAUUCUUAGCGAAUCACCAGAAUCUUUGUCUGUUUGGAAACACAAGAUAAUUGCUGCUCUCGGUGACGAGGGUAAAGUGUUCACUGAUGUCAUACCAGACGCCGAGAAAGUCAUCGGUGAGCAACCAUCUAUACCAAAAUUAGGCCCUGCUGAGAGCGAGGCAAGACUUAAUAAAGUCUUUCAGCGGUUUGUAAAAGUAUUUAGUUCGGAAAAGCAUCCACUUGUAAUCUUCCUGGAUGAUUUGCAAUGGUGCACACCGUCUGAAUUGACUUUAAUAAUGAAUAUAAUCUCUAACGCGGAUUCACAACGGUUGAUGAUUAUUGGAGCCUAUCGAGACAACGAGAUGCCUUCCGAGUAUAGUUUGCUGCUAUCUCAAGAGAUUUCUACGCGUCGUACUUACAAUUACACAGAGAUCCAUUUACAUCCGCUGGGUUUGAAUUUCGUCGAAGAAUUGAUUCGAGAGACCCUGGGUUACAAUUCACCUGAACGCAACGUAACUGAACUAAGCGAGAUAGUUUAUUCAAAGACUCAAGGGAAUCCUUUCUUUGUAAUUCAGGAAAAUUUCCUUCGAUUUAGCUUCGAGACAAAACAAUGGGAAUGGUCAAUAACCGCUAUAAGAGAAAAAGAGAUUGCACCAAAUAUCGUUGACCUCCUUGUCGGACAAAUUCAAAAGCUCUCACCAGCCACUCAGAACGUUCUCAAAAUAGCUGCUUGUCUUGGUAAUAAGAAAUUCACGUCCAAUAUACUUUCGGCCAUACUAGAAAAAUCUGUCACGGAAGUAGCUCAAGACUUGUGGGUGGUAUUACAACAAGGGUUUGUUCUGCCAGGGACACAAGACUACAAAUGUUCAUUAGUUUGUAAUACGUGUGAAGAUACUGAAGAGCAAAAGGAUUCGUCUACUACCUCUUAUCGCUUUCUCCAUGAUCGCGUCCAGCAAGCAGCCUACACGUUAAUUCCACCAGAAAAGCGUUCCGAAACACACAUGAACAUCGGUCGAUGUCUCUUAAAAUGCACGCGCGAAGAAGAUCUGGACGACGAAAUCUUUGACAUUGUAAACCAACUGAACCAGGCAAUUGAACCUUCUCAGCCCAAAUCAUAUCAUUACGAACUGGCCAUGCUCAACUGGAGAGCGGGCCGAAAAGCAUCAGACAGCACCGCAUUCGAUAAUGCUAUCAAGUACCUAAACAUUGGAAAAGAACUUUUGGGCGAGGAUGGCUGGAAGGAAAAAUAUGAGCUCACGUUGAACUUGCAUAAUGCCCUUAUUGAAGCUUUGUAUUCUAACGGUGAUCAUGACGAGACGUUACGCCUGAUCGAGCACACUCUUGCGUAUGCAAAGACACCGUUAGACAAGUCAAGAAUGGUUGAUAAGCAAGUAAAGUGUUACAAUGGAAAAGGGGAAUUUGUGACUGCCAUCGAUUGCGGUCUGUAUGCGCUUGAAUUGUACGGAUAUCCGAUUCCAAAAGAGAAAAAAGAAAUCGAAAAAUACUGCUGCAAGAUGCGAGAAGAGUUGAUGGGGCUUACGAUCGACGAGAUUGCAAAUCUCGGCUCCCGACAGACGUCCCUGAGCUCACUCGAACUAGCAGCGGUGGACAUGUUAUUAACACUAACUCCCCCAGCAUACUUUGCAUUGGACAAUAUGCUUUUCCCGAUCAUUGUGACCCUUGUCGUUAUAGCAGUUCGUAAGGGCAAUUUUCCUUCAAGUGCAUACGUAUAUUGUCUGUAUGGAUUUAUUUUGGUUAGGCAGUUCAAAGACUAUGAAACUGGAUAUGCAUACGGCAAGUUGGCUAUUCAGAGAGCGCAAGAGGUUGACAAUCCUCUUAAUUGUGCAGUUUUCAUGACAUUUGCAAAUCAUAUUCAAUGCUGGAUGGAGCCGCCCAGAAAUUGUAUAACGAGUUUCAACACUGCUAUUCGUCUUGGUUUAGCAGCAUUCAAUUUGGAAUAUACUGUUUACGGAUGCACGGACUAUUGUUUUUUCGCAUUGUUUGCGGGAGAGUCAUUAGAAAGCCUCUCACAAAAUUUUGACAUUUAUCGUAAACAGACAACUAAAUUAAGACAUGGAUCGUGUAACUUAUCCUUUAACAUGGGCUAUCAGAUUAUUCUUAAUAUAACCAGCUCGGACGAAAAUGAUCCGACAAAGUUGGAUGGUGAAUUCUUUUCCGAAGAAGGGAAUGCGUCUCCGUCGCUUUUAUUUUAUUUAAAUCUUGUAAAGGCAUUUUUUUUCUUGUUAUUUGGACGGCCAGAUGAGGCUAUACGAAGCAGUAAAACGGCAGAAAUGUAUAAUGGGAUGGCCAUGAGCUCAUGGUCUGGUGCAGCACAUCAAUUCUAUACUGCGUACGCCGUAUUGAACAAGACAAAUGGCGAAAUACUUGAGGAGGAAUUUAACGUAAUCAAGGGCCAAAUAGAUCAAUUUGAAGACUGGGCAAAUCUCAUGCCGUCUACGUUUAAAAACAAGCACGUGUUCUUGCAAGCGGAAUACGCAAGGGUACAAGGCAAUCAUUCCGAGGCAAUGGAUUUAUAUGAUGAAUCUAUUAAUCUUUCGAAAGAACACGGGUUUAUACACGAGGCUGGUCUGUUCAAUGAAGCUUGUGCCAAGUUUUACUUACAUAGACGGAAAAAGCGAGUUGCAGCCGAGUAUCUCCACGAUGCAUAUCAAUGUUACUCUCAAUGGGGAGCGUUUCGGAAACUGAGUCACAUGAGAGAAUGUUAUGCAGAUGUUUUCACAGCCGUUUUUGGCAUAUCGACAGUAUCUCUUCCCAAUAAUCAUGUCGAGAAUCUUCAAACCGAUAUCAUUCUUCCAGCACAUUCGUCAACAAACGCAUCUCCAGAGAAUGGGUCGAGUAUAAUCAGUAAUAACACGUCUUUGAUACCGAGUCUGACCGACAAUCAUUCGUCUGCUCAACAGUCUGGAUCUGGGUUAGAUUUGAUGACCGCUAUGCGAGCUUCUUUAAUCAUAUCAGAGGAACUCGUUCUUGAAAAUCUUUUGACAAAAUUGAUAAGAAUACUUGUUCAGGCAGCCGGUGCCGAAUAUGCUAUAUUAAUAUUAGAAAACAAUGUACAGGCUAAAGAUGCGGUUCUGGUCGAAACCCAACAUGAAUUACUCCCUGUUUCGGUCAUCAACUAUGUUGCACGUACAAGGGAUCCCGUAAUUACUGAUAGCACUAAUUGUAUAUUUAAAAAGGAUCCUUAUAUAUGUAAAAAGCAGCCAAAAUCUCUUCUAUGUACAGCCAUUCAAAAUCAAAGAAAUCUAGUCGGAAUUCUCUAUCUUGAGAACAAUCUUGUUAAUAAUGCUUUUGCUCAAGAGAGACUCGAAAUUCUCAAAGUUUUGUUCUCCCAGGCCGCUAUAUCUAUUGAAAAGUCGAGGCUAUAUAAAGAUUUAGAAACAGCCAAUAUAAACUUGAAGAGAUCUCAUGAAAAAAUUGAAGAAUAUUCAAGAACAUUAGAAAUGAAGGUUGAGACACGAACACUUGAGCUACAAACAAAGAAUUUACAAUUGAGGCAAGAGGUAAAGGAGAGGGAACAGGCAGAAAUUGAAUUAAAAAAGGCCAAGGAGGUGGCAGAAGCGGCAACAGAGAUGAAGAGCACAUUUUUGGCCACUAUGAGCCAUGAAAUACGUACUCCGUUUAAUGCGGUGAUUGGCAUGACGAAUCUUUUGCUCGAGACAAGCUUGACCCCUAUUCAACAAGACUAUGUAGAGACGAUAAAUGAAAGCAGCAGCGAGUUGCUGACUAUUAUUAACGACAUUCUCGAUUUCUCCAAGAUUGAGAGUGGCAAGUUAGAUAUCAAAAGUGAGCCAUUUUCUCUUCGUCAGUGCAUUGAGGGAGCCUUGGGUAUUGUUGCCGAGAAGGCAAUGACAAAAGGAUUGGAGCUUGCAUACUUGAAUGACUCGGAAGAAGAUAUGAUUAUCGGGGAUUUGAUACGAUUACGCCAGAUUGUGCUGAAUUUGCUGAGUAAUGCUGUCAAGUUAGUAAAUAAAGCGACUAUUCCUAUCUUGAUGUCCAUAUCUAGUAGUCUCUGCCAUGAUUUUGCCAUGCAACUAUAUAUCGCCGGAUUAGCUGGAGAAUUGUUCGCAAUCUAUUAUGAAUGGUUAAUUAAUAGUGACUCCAAUCGCCCGUUCACGCGCGUUGGUCAAGUAGUCAUUACAGCGAAUCUGAGAAGAAUAGCUAAACCUGGCGAAACCGAAGACGGCGAAGGCAGUGACCAUUUUAAACCGUCUCAUGAGUUGUUGGUAUCAGUAGCUGACUCUGGCAAAGGAAUACCCAAAGAAAAGUUUGAUAGGUUAUUCAAAGCAUUUUCUCAAGUAGAAGACUCUGCAGCUCGAUUUCACGUUGGGACGGGAUUGGGCCUCGCUAUCUCAGAGCGACUGUGCCAAAUUAUGGGAGGCCGCAUAUGGAUGGACAGCACCGUCGGAAUGGGAUCAACCUUUUAUUUUACAAUACCAACGAAAACGGUAGACUCACCCGAGACGACCAACACAUACGAGGCUGCUGAUCUCCAGAACAAGAAAUGCCUCAUAGUGUAUAAUCAUGCAGCUGGAAGGGAGGCAUUGAUGCAGCACAUGAAAGCUUUUCGAAUUAACGCCGAGACAAUAAGUACAGCAAGAGAGCUUGAGAGUAUUAUUUCCAAAAAGCGAAAAACAUUCGACCUGAUUAUUCUCGACUGUAGCCUGCCCGACAUGGAAUUGCUGGCUGCUAUUUCGCUGAUACGAAAAUUUGAACCAAACGUCAACAUUUUAGUGGCGGCAAAUAUCGGAUUCAAUAUGAAUAUUGAAGCGUUUUCGAAACUUAAAAUCAAAACUUUUGUGCGAAAACCAGUAAAGAGGAACCGAUUAUACAACGCUAUAAGAGAGCUUUAUCCUAGUGUUGGCGCCUUAAUAACGUCUCCAGGAACUCCCACUAACUCAUCCGAAAAAGUUUCUAUAAAGCACAUGAACCCAAAUAUAGCAAAAGACCACCCACUGAAAAUUUUGGUCGCGGAGGAUAACGUGGUUAAUCGGAAAGUUGCGGUGGAAAUAUUGAGAUUGAUGGGUUAUGAAGCUGACGUUGUUGACAACGGAAUUGAAGCAAUAAACGCCAUUGAGAAGCAUAAAUAUGAUGUAUGCCUGAUGGAUGUAAAUAUGCCCAAAAUGGAUGGAUUAACAGCUACUCGAACGAUUUGCGCUGCCUACGAUAAACAUGAAAGGCCGCGGAUCAUAGCAAUGACAGCGAAUGCUAUGCACGGCGAUAAAGAUGAAUGUCUUAAAGCAGGCUGUGACGAUUACGUAGCAAAGCCCAUUCUUGUCGCAGAGUUGGUUAAUGCUCUAAAAAAGUGUCAGGCACGCACGCACACCAUGUCUUCUUCUCUUAAACGCGGAGCGGCUUCUUAUAACGAGAAUGAUGAACUGGCCGACGAAGAAUUCACGGUGGCAUCUUCCGUUUCAAAUCAGAAUGCCGAG